UAUCUAAAAUCACAAAGGCUGGUAGAUAAUUGGAGAGAGAAGAGAAAUCAAUCUUGAGUUUCACUUUCCAGGAAGCCCUAUUAGAAAGAGAAGGUUUAUGAAUGAAAGAAAGAAAGAAAGAAAUAAGAAGAUGACUGAAGAAGAAAAUGGUCGGCAACAACAAUAAAAAAAUAGAAAUAGAAAAAGGUCGUUAUUGAAUUUUCUCAUUCAUUCACUGCUCUUGCUCACUGUUAACACUGCAACCAACACUCUUCUGUUUGUGCUGGACCCUCUUCUCUCUCACAACUUAACCAUAACUUUUUCUCUUCCAGUGGAAAAAGCCAAAUUGACAGUAGUAGUAGUAGCCACAAUUACAGCUCCAACAGCAACAGCAACAGCAACAGCAACAGCAGCAGAAGCUGAAACUACCAGAAAUCCAUCAGAAAACAACAACACCAGAAUCAUCAGAUUUACUUGUUCCUUCUUCCUCUCCACACAUAUAAACAGAAACAAUUUAAGAAUAUCUAUAUCUAUAUUAUAUUCUCACACCCACCAUUUAAGAUCUACACCACCCCCACAUUACAUUACAUCACAUACAUAUAUAGCGUUACUUUUACUCUAAUUAUAACAAAUAUAUCAAAACCAUAUAGUUGUGGCUACUACAAGGAGAUUGCCUUCAGAUUCAGGAGCUUUUGCUGAUUGGGCACCAACUAAUUCAUCAACAACCCUUCGUGCUGCUGCUGCUCCAGAAGAUCUUUCUCUCGGUUUCAAUGCGGCUCCCACCGCCGGAAACGCCGGACCUUCCACCGGACCCACCACCGGAUUAUAUAAUUCAUCUAGGUCCAUUAAUUAUGGACCUGAGAUGGGUAUGUUUGUUGUAGCACCUUCUUCUUUUCAUCAUCACCACCAUAAUAACAACCACCAUGAAGCUCUCAUGUCUGAUCCUCACUCUCUUAACCCCGCCACCGCUCUCGGUGUUGGGGUUAUACCUUUACUCACAGCUUCUCCAUGUCUUGAAAAUGAAAACAUGUUAAACAGUAGAAGAAACCAACAAGGAAUUCAGUUUUGGCAUGAACAACAUCAUCAACAACAGCAACAACAAAGUCCACAUUCACACUAUUUGAAAAAACAACAAGGUUUUCUUGAUCAUCAUAAUACAAGUCCAACAAAUUUGGUUCAUGGUGGUGGGUUAACUGCUUCUGGUACCAGUAGUGGUGGAGGAACAACAACGUGUCAAGAUUGUGGAAACCAAGCAAAGAAAGAUUGUAGUAAUAGAAGGUGUAGAACUUGUUGUAAAAGUAGAGGUUUUGAUUGCCCUACUCAUGUUAAGAGUACUUGGGUACCUGCUGCUAGAAGAAGGGAACGUCUUUCUUCUACCGCGACAACGACGGUGGUUGCUGGUGGUGGUUCUAGUGGUUCAACUUCUGGUGCUAAGAAACCUAGACUUAUUGCUUCACAAACUACUUCUCAUACUUCUACUUCUAAUACUACCCCUCCUCGAAGCUUUGAUACUACCUCUAGCCAUCAAGAUGCAGGUUUCAAAGAUUCAAUGCCGGGUCAAGUACGUGCACCGGCGGUAUUCAAGUGUGUUAGAGUGACAUCAGUGGAUGAUGGAAAAGAUGAGUAUGCAUAUCAAGCUGUAGUGAAGAUUGGUGGCCAUGUUUUCAAAGGUUUUCUUUAUGAUCAUGGUGUUGAGAAUAGGGAAGUUUAUCCUAACCUUUCUGAGCUUCAUUUAGGUGGUGGUGGUGGAAAUAAUAAUGGUGGUGCUAAUAGAAAUGGAGUGUCUUCUUCAUCACCAAUGAUGGAUCCUUCUCAUGAUGUUUAUGCAGCAGCUUCAAGUGGUGGUGGAGGAUUACUUGGAGGUUCAGCUUAUGGUAAUCAAAUAAAUUGAACUGUCUUAAUGUUUUUCCAAGUGCAGCAAGGUAUUAAUAGUUAUGCUUGGAGAGGCUUAUGACGUUUGUAGUAGUAAUCUUUGAGGGGUGGGGAAAUUAAUCAAUUUUCUUCUAUAUAGGUUUUGUACCUUAUUGCAUAUGUCACUCUUUUCUGCAUUUUUCAACAUGGUUUUAGUUUCUAUUCUUUGUUCUCCAAAAUUUGUCUUUGUCAUUUUAUGAGAUCAAUGAUCAUUCAAUGACAAAGGAGAGUAUCAUUAUUUAACUGUUAUAGACAAAUAGUUUAUGUAUCAAAUUAACUCAAAAUGGAAAAGCAAAGGUCCAUUAAUCUUGUUUUAUUAAUAGUUAAUCUCACUGUUUUUAAA